CACUCUUAUCACUUUUCUGUCUUUUUGUCUAACGUUUCCUCUCCGUGGGACAGCGGGGAGGUUUCAACGCUCUCUGGUCUAUUUAUAGCUCAGUUGCUCAAUUCUUUCAGGGGGAACUGUUGAGUACUAUGAGCCUGGUGGCGCUUGUAGUCAAAACAUUGUUUACAUAUGACUGAAUCUGUUUAAUAACAGUAUAUGUGGCUGUAACAACGCAUUUUUAUUGCGCGAAACGUUACGAUGACGCAGCGUCUCGUCCCCAGCAGCACUGUUUUUACUCCGUGUUACAGUAGAAAAGCACCGGCAUGACACCUUGUUUCACGUAAAAGCUUCCGCGUAAAGUGGAUUUUAUGGUUGCAGAGCGAUUGCUAUGGUAACAGUGUCGUUAACUUUACCGUUCAUUCAUGGAUUUGUUCCGGACAGACAGACAAGUGGAGGUGCAGACAUAGAGACAGACAGCAGGGGCGCUGUUCUCUCUGCAGUGCUGUUAAGUGACACGUGGGAGACUGAAGAAUAGGUGGAGAAAUUAAGUUGGAGUGACAUGAGUGCACAGGAUGAGGCCAGAGGCAGUGACUGGUAUCCAGCACCUCUGGGAGAGUACGCCCAGUUGCCUCAGGAUGACAGCUGUAGCACCCUGGAGCCUUCAGAACAGCUCUUCCCUCUAAUGGAGACCAAGUUAUACAAGCGGCGCUGGGUCAUGCUGUUCAUUUUUAGCCUCUACUCCAUGAGCAACGCCUUCAUGUGGCUACAGUAUGGCAUCAUCAACGACAUCUUCAUGCGCUUCUACAGCAUCGACACCUUGGCCAUUGACUGGCUCUCUAUGAUCUAUUUCCUAACCUACAUACCAUUCAUCCUGCCCGUCAUGUGGCUGCUGGACAACCGGGGGAUCAGGGAUGUGGUGGUGGUGGGUUCUGCCUUGAACUGCAUCGGGGCCUGGAUCAAGACAAGCACAGCAGACCCCAACAUGUUCGCCAUGACUUUCUUUGGCCAGUUUGUGUGCUCAGUGGCCACAGUUCAUAUCCUGGGCAUUCCAUCCAGACUCGCGUCCCUGUGGUUUGGGCAGCAGGAGGUGUCUACCGCUUGUUCCAUUGGUGUUCUAGGAAACCAGUUGGGUAUCGCCAUUGGGUUCCUGGUGCCGCCCAUUCUUGUGCCUAAUGUGGACGAUGUCAGUGAGCUGGCAAACCACAUCAGGAUCAUGUUCUACAUCAGCGCUGGAGUGGCCACCCUCAUCUUCGUCCUCGUGGUCAUUGUGUUUCAGGAGAAACCAGAGCUCCCUCCCACGCAGGCCGAAGCCCAGGCCAGGAACAUACCACCGGAAGAGUACUCAUACAUGGCUUCUAUCUUGAGGCUGCUGAGCAACAAGCCCUUUAUGCUCCUGGUUGUCAGCUAUGGGCUGAACGUCGGCUGCUUCUAUGCCGUUUCCACAUUGUUGAACCGAAUGAUCAUCGAACAUUAUCCCGGUGAAGAGGUAAACGCUGGGAGAAUCGGUCUGACCAUCGUCAUUGCAGGCAUGGUGGGCUCUCUCAUAUGUGGCAUUUGGCUGGACAAGACCAAAACCUACAAGCAGACCACCCUGGUUGUAUAUCUCCUCUCGCUGAUUGGCAUGCUCAUCUACGCCUUCACCCUCAACCUGGGUCACCUGUGGGUGGUGUUUGUCACUGCUGGGGUUUUAGGCUUCUUCAUGACAGGAUAUCUGCCGCUGGGCUUCGAGUUUGCCGUGGAGCUCACGUACCCUGAAUCCGAGGGAACCUCAUCGGGACUUCUUAACUGCUCUGCUCAGAUUUUUGGGAUUAUUUUCACCAUCUGCCAAGGGAAGAUUAUUGACAAAUGGGGCACUUUGGCUGGAAACAUCUUCCUUUGUGUUUUUCUACUAAUCGGUUCAGUACUGACAGGAUUUAUUAAGGCUGACCUCCGACGGCAGAAGGUCAACCACCAGACCGAUGUCCAGACAGUGAGCGAGAAGAAAGCAGCAGAUGUGGAAGGAGGAACAUCCCCACCUGAAAUCCUCAAAGAGAGGAAGUUGUGAAGAAGGACGUUCCUGCGAUGAGCUGCUGUAACUCAUGAAGAACCACGUAGAUGCCAGAUUCAUGCUCAUAUCCAAAGUGCAAUUUAGCUCGUCGCAAAUCAAGCACAAGUCAGAAUAUUGGCGUUUAAUGUUGACGUUUUUACAUGUCAGUGCAAUCUAACUGCCACUUCUGUGACUCCAACAUGACGACAGUCUUUAAUUUAUCCAACCCUAAUGUUUUUUUUUUAUUAAAUGCACAAUGAUGAGCAAUAUUUAAACUGCGUGUCCUUUUCCUAAUAUUGGACCCAAUACUGUGCGUUACUGAACUCAUUCAUGAAGUGUUGUGUUUUUGAUUCACACUGAAAGUGUGCGAUGUGACCUCCUGCUGCGGCAGCCAGGUAACCAACCCAACACUUUCACAUCGUUACACAUCUGCCUGCCAUUCAGGGUCACGCGGGAGUAUUCUCCUCUCUGAACACAGCGGACUAUAAAUACGCUUGCUGCCGUGAACUUUGGAAAGUCAGUCUUACACUGUACCACUGUAUCUCUACUACAGGAAAUUUGGUGUGGUGCGUCAGGGACAUGAAGAAUGUCAGCGUUGCACAAAAGAGAUGCAAGUAAAAGGCAAAUGAAUCUUGUUUUGCCCUCGUCAUUUUGCACAAGAAAAACUGUUGUAUGUUAGAAAGUCUUCUGUUGUGAUUUUGUUACUGAGGCAUAUGUUUCACGUUCAUGCAGUCUGUCAUGUCUGUGUUGUUCUCAUUGUGUCGUGGUCUGUGUGUUGUCAUGAUUCUUAUGGGAUUGUUUAAGGUGCUAGUGAUUGUGAAAAAGUUUCUAAACCCAAAGUGUUUUUGCCUUUUUGUAUGCUACAAAUAGUUUUUAAACUGUUUUUAA